CCGAAACCCUCUGUGCUUUGCAAUCAUCUUUUGUACAAAUUCCGAUCCCGUCCGUGCCAAGUCUGUACAAUUACUCAAUUACGAUCAUAUGAUACCCUGCACAUAAAGCCUGUUCCGUUUCUUGCCAUUUCUUUGUUCAGCACAUGGAUGGUUCGAGGCCUCAAUAAACUCCAGCUUCUUUAGACUGCUCAGACACGGGCCCCACACUUCCAUCUAUUUCACCUUUCAAACAGUGGCUAAAUCGCAUAAUAUCAAGGAUAAAGUCCGAGUGCCAGGUGUUUGAAAGGAACAAUGAAAUCAGCUGCGCGAGUAUUUUAUCUUGCUGUGUUCACCUUACUAGGGACCUCUCACGCUACAGCCUCCAAAGCUGCAUCGAAGUCCCAGUCUCCUGGACCCGAUGUUUGCGCGAUCUCCCCAAAGGCAAUUGUCUCUGACGCAUGCGCUUCCUACUCUACCCUCGAUGGACUCAAUCGGGAGCUUCGGCAGUCGCUCGUCGAUAUCACCCGAAAUACCGACUUCUUCUCAUACUAUCGAUUAAAUUUAUUUGGGAAGGAAUGUCCGUUUUGGAGUGAUGAGAAUGGCAUGUGCGGUAAUAUCGCGUGUGCUGUUAAUACAUUAGACAAUGAGGACGAGAUCCCACCAAUAUGGAGAGCUGAGGAACUGGGAAAGCUAGAGGGACCAAAGGCAGGCCAUCCAGGGAAACGACUGCAAGAAGAGAGAGGGCCAAAGAAGCCAUUGCAAGGAAUGCUGGGUGAAGACGUUGGAGAGAGCUGCGUUGUAGAAUACGAUGAUGAGUGCGACGAACGAGACUACUGUGUCCCAGAAGACGAGAGCGCUGGAUCGAAGGGGGAUUAUGUGAGCUUGAUUGACAACCCAGAACGAUUUACCGGAUAUGCAGGAGAAGGCACCAAGCAAGUUUGGGACGCCAUCUAUCGAGAGAAUUGCUUUUCAAAAGCAUCCUUCCCAAAAUCGGCUUCCCUUGGAACCUCAGCAUUUCCUCAACGCGGACCGGCUGCUAAUGAGCUUCAAUCUGUCAUGCGAGAUUAUGGCAGGCAACAGGCUCUUGAAGAGCAGCAAAAACGGGAACCAAAUACACCAUUCGUCACAGAGAGUGGCCUUGAGCAUGAAGAUGAAUGCUUGGAGAAACGGGUAUUUUACAGAGUCGUUUCGGGCAUGCACACGUCUAUCAGCACCCAUCUUUGUUGGGACUACCUGAACCAAACCACUGGCGAGUGGGGACCAAAUCUCACGUGUUACAAAGACAGACUCCAUGGCUUCCCAGAACGAGUCUCGAACCUGUACUUCAAUUAUGCGCUUGUGCUCCGAGCCGUAACAAAACUCGGCCCUUACCUCAAGGACUACACAUUCUGCUCGGGAGAUCCAUGGCAAGAUCGUAUCACCAAACAGAAGGUCCAAGCUCUUACCUCCAAAGCUGGUACUGCGCCCCAAAUUUUUGAUGAGAGCCUUAUGUUUGUCAACGGCGAAGGCCCGAGUCUAAAGGAAGACUUCCGCAACAGAUUCAGGAACGUCAGUCGAAUCAUGGACUGUGUUGGAUGUGACAAGUGCCGACUUUGGGGGAAACUGCAGACCGCUGGAUAUGGAGCCGCUUUGAAGGUUUUAUUCGAGUUUGACAAUAACUCAGACGAUAUCCCGAUGUUGAAAAGAACGGAGUUAGUAGCCCUAUUCAACACCCUGGCACGGAUUUCCAGCUCCUUGGAGGCUAUCAACAGCUUUAGAAUAAUGGUUGAAGACGAAGAAACCGCUGAGGAGAGCGAAGGUCAUCACCAUGUAAUGCCUGCUCGGGUCCUGAAACCUCACAACGUCGUCCCCGACAAGCCAUUUUCAGACUCUGUUGAAGAAGACUACGUGGACCACGAACGAGAAGAGGCCCUGCGAAGGAAUCGACUUCCAGAAAAUGCUACCUUCAAAGAGGAAUUCUACUCCGAGUUAGAUCUCAUCUGGAGAGUCUCCAAAUAUGUGGUCCGAGGCUGGGUGACUUUGCCAGCCAGAUUAUGGCGAAUUUUCGUCAUAGAGGCAUCAAGAAUUUGGGAAUUCUACAUCGGAUUGCCCAUCAGUCCAAGGUCGUGGUACAUCAAACGACCGAAUAUCGAUGAGCUCUGAAGCGUCUGAUCAAGUCUGGCGGUCAGGAUUAUAUACGCAUUAGCAAUCGGGAGUUUUUAGGUUGCGCUACAUAGACAGUUUGUGCCCAGUCUGAGAUAGUUUUGUAAUCACAUCGUUGUGUUGCGUGAGUGCUUACGGAGUCACCCCGCCCCAUACUAGCAGCGAAAAAUGUUCCACCGUUCUUCAAAGCCAUCUGUUCAUAUAGUAAUUCCCCG